AUGGCUGCUCAUAAAGAUCCAGUUACUGGCAAUAUAUUGGACACUAGUUUUUGUUGUUGCAGAGAAGGAUUUAGAACAACAAACAAUCGAGGUGUUAAAAAUCCUCGUCCUGAAAUUAGGUGUGGGUGUAAGGCUAUGAUGAAAAUUAACUGUAGAUAUGGAGGAAAGUUCCGCAUUGUGAAGUUCAUUGAAGAGCACAAUCAUGAAUUGUGUGAUCCGGAAAAGUCUUACCAGUUUAGAUGUUUUAGACAAAUGUCUAAUGUUCAACAAACUCAAGUUGAUGUGGCUCAAAGUUGUGGAUUGCCUCCAAAGAAAAUUAUAGAUGUAAUGGCAAAAGAAGUUGGCGGAAUUCAACAUCUUGGUUUUACUCAUAUUGAUUUGAAGAAUUAUUUGAGAACAAAGAGGACUUUGGAGAUCAAGCAAGGCGAUAGUGGAGGUGUUUUACAAUAUUUACAAAGGAUGAGUAGUGAAGAUCCACACUUUUACUAUGCAAUACAAUUGGACGUGGAAGAUUUGAUAUUUUGGACAGAUGGUAGGAUGAUACAAGUUUUUGGUCAUUUUGGUGAUGUCGUUUGCUUUGAUACUACAUACAGAAAACAUCGAGAUGGCAGACCAAUCGCCUUGUUCGUCGGCGUUAAUCAUCAUAAACAAACAAAUGUGUUUGGUGCAGCUUUAUUGUAUGAUGAAACGAUUGAAACCUUUGAAUGGUUGUUUGCUGCAUUUGAAGAUGCCAUGAUGGGAAAGAGACCAAAAACCAUCUUAACAGAUCAAGAUCAAGCAAUGAGCGCUGCUUUAGCUUCCAAGUGGCCAUCAACUUAUCAUCGCCUAUGUGUUUGGCAUAUUUUUCAGAAUGCAGCCAUUCAUCUCUCGAGUGUUUUUUCGAGUUUCAAGAACACAUUUGCAGCUGAUUUUAGUCGUUGUAUAUACGACUAUGAAGAAGAGUCAGAAUUCCUUGAUGCAUGGAACAAAAUGUUAGAGAAAUACGACUUGAAAGAUAAUCAGUGGUUGGCAAGAUUGUUUUCUCUAAGGGAAAAAUGGGCAUUGGUUUAUGGAAGAAAUACUUUUUGUGCAGAUAUCAUCACAACUCAACGGAGUGAGUGCAUGAAUGCUGUUGUGAAGCAUUAUGUAAGUUACAAAAACAAUAUUGUUGAGGUGUUCCAUCAUUUUCAAAGGUUGAUAGAUGAUCGUCGUGAGAAGGAAUCAACAGAAGAUUUCAAAAAUGCUCAAAGUUCUCCUGUUAUGACAUUUCCAUUGGAAAUAUUAAAGCAUGCCGCUGCCUUAUAUACACAUAAGAUGUUUGCAUUGUUUAGCGAAGAGUUGAGAAAGGCAUUUGAAAGCAAGAUCGAGAGUGAGAAUGAGCUUGGAAGUUCAAGAAUAUAUAAGGUCAGGCCAUUUCAUCGAACUAAUGAGCAUACAGUCACAUAUGAUUCUAUUGGAGGUUCUAUUUCUUGCAGUUGUAGAAAGUUUGAAUUCUCAGGUAUUUUAUGCUCACAUAGUUUAAAAGUCUUAACAUUUAUGAAUAUCGAUCGCAUACCUGAUGAAUAUAUUUUAAAGCGGUGGACCAAACAUGCUAAGAAUGGUACACCAAGAGGUUGCGAUGAAGGGGUUAUUGUUGAUGAAAAAUCAAGAAAGAAGCAACAAUAUAAAGAGUUAUGUAACUCAUUCAUGCAGUUGGCAGCAAAAGCAGUUGAGAGUGAAGAUGGUUAUACUUAUGCUAGUGAUUGUCUUCUGAAAAUGGGAAACGACAUUGAUGGAAUGGUAGGGAAGGCAAAUAAUGUGACAGUUGAGGCAAAUAAGGUUGGAGAUGUUGUAACUGUUGCAGCUGAUGGUAAUGCCAAUGAAAGUCAAAUUAGAGGCUUGAAACCUAAAGGAAGGGUUACAUACCAAUCAAGUAAGAGACCAAAGAAUGCUUUGGAACAGGCUAUUAGGAAAAAACGGAAACCAAAAGCAACAAAGAGUGGUUUAGAACAUGCUUCUUCUACACAGGAAUCUGAUGGGACGACUACACUCAUUAAUGAUGAGUAUUGGAACUUGACGUACACUGCUCUUGAUCCUCCAAGUACAUCAUAA